GGCAGGAGCCAGAGGGUGGAGCCAAGCCGCGCCCGAGGGCGCGAAGGCGACAUUGAAAGAAGCCCAAAGUGAACAUAACGGUUCCGAGAGACCACACUCGUCUGAUUCUCUAUAACCCCUCCCCCAAGCGAAUCGGAUAAAACCGAAACCAUCUCGCCUCUCGCUGAGUCUCUCUCUUUCUCACAUUAAAUCCCAGUUUUUAUUCGGAGAAAAAUUCAAGGGUUUCCUAGUUGGUUGUUUGACUGAUAAUCUUGUGGGUUGGGUUUCUGUGGCUGCAGCGAUUGGCGUUGAGUAUGUUACAGGCUUUAGGAGCUGUGAGAAAAGGGAGUGGUCAACACAUUCAGAGGGUGGCCAUCUCCAAUUCUGUAAUUAAUUAGCAGAAAAAGCGAUUGAGUGCUGCCAGCAUUGUAGGUUGCAGUUCUCAUCAGCCAAGUCGAGCAAAAAGGAAGAGCCUGGGAUCAACACAAUGUGGUUUAAACAUGAGAUCCCAUAUUUCUCUCAACUGGGAUGACAAUAAAAAGAGGGUUGUUGCUAAAAGGGAACAAAUUGCCAUAUCUUGGAGAGAUUUGAGUCCAUUUAUCAAUUCUGUUCCGCAUUGCCCCAAUAUCCUGGCUGAUAUUUGGGCUAUUCCUCCUGAAAUUUUUGAGUUGGAGGGUUUGACAGAGGUGCUCUCGUUUGAGGUUUGGCAGACGCAUCUGUCAGAAAAGGAAAGAGACCUUCUUACACAGUUUCUUCCUAGUGGACUGGAUGGGCAGCAAGUUGUGCAAGCAUUGCUUGCAGGGGAUAACUUUCACUUUGGAAAUCCUUUUCUCAAAUGGGGUGCUUCACUUUGUUCUGGCGAUCUUCAUCCUGAUGCAGUCCUUUCUAAGGAACAGUGUUUAAAGACUAAUAAGAAAGCAUACUAUUUGGAAUUGCAAAAGUAUCACAAUGAUAAUAUAGCAAAUCUGCAGAAGUGGAAGGAGAGAUGGGCCAUCUGCAAGGAUCCAGAAAAGGAAAUUGUUCAGAAUAUAUGGAGCAGGUCAAAAAAACAUGCAGAUGAAUCUGGAUUUCAUGAUUCUGAGGAGAAUCUUGCAGCCACAUCUGAAUCUUGUUCUUGGGCUGCAGAUGAGAAAGCAUGUAGUAGUGAUAACCAGAACUCCUCAAGGAAGGAUGGAGAACUGCAAAAAGGGAAGGACUUGAUGAAGGACAAAUGCAAAAGUCCUGUGGCUGUGUCAAAUGGGCUUAAGGUGGUAACAAGAACAAGGAAAAGAGUAAAAUUCUCCAAGCUUAAUAUCCACUAUGGUGAUGGUGCCAAAUACAUGUCGUAUAUCAAGAUUAGCAAGAAACAGCAUCAACUUGUUAAGAGUAUGAAACAGUCUGGUAAUAGCAUUCAACCUAGGUCGCUUAACCGUGUUCUAGGUGACCUUGAUAGUUUUCACAUACGACCAUAUGAAGUAUUUGAAGAAGAAGAGAAGAGGAAGUUGCAUGAGCACUGGUCGCAAUUGGCUACUAGAGAUCUCCCAGCAGCAUUUGCAAACAGGGAAAAGAAACAGUUACAGAGACGGCAAAUGACUCAAUCUUUGGCACUAGAAAUGGAAGAAAGACUGAAGCCUCUGGUGGAGGAUGACGAGAAAGAGGGCCCUGAUAGCAUUCUUCAGGAGCAGGAGGAUAAUGGAGCAACAGAUCAUGAACCCACCAUGGAUGAUGAUGACAAGCCUGUUCCUGAUUCCAAUCAGAAUCAACCUAUACAGCCGAUUCCUUUGCUCAAUGACAACCUUGAAUUUGGUCCUAUGGAUAUGGAUCCCGAAAACAACCAUGUUGUUUCAAAACUAGAUGAUGAUUCUCCUUCUGAGAAAUCUGAGGGCUCGGGAAACUUGAGCCCCGAAGAUGUUGCAGUCAGUCAGGGGCUUCCUCUCUCUUCUGGUUGUGAUGUUCGUUCAGCAUUUAGCAUGCCUGAUGCUUAUUAUGGCUCUACUUCUUUAAACCAUGAAUACACAUCCACCAGGGAGUCGUCUCUUGGACAUUCACACAUCAUUGAACAACCGUCCUGCUUGAUUGAUCUGGAAUCUGAGAUGCAUAAAGAAGGCUCUGGUAAAGACCUGUUGCACAGGGAAUCAAAUCAUGGUCCUUUCUUCAGUCCUUACCCAAACCCUGAUCGCAGUGGGCUACUUCAAUCUUUUAUAAAGGGCCAAGGGAUGUUACCAUACCAUCAUGAGCAGGAACAAACUGUGUUAGAUUUUCAUCCAACAACGAAUGUGUUGAUUGAAACAGGUCAAUUUCCUGGUCAUCUGCAAGAGCAACUACAGUUAACACUGCCAUUGGAGCAGAGGCAGAAGAGACAGGAUGAGAUUUACAUGCAUCAAAAUAUGCAGGAGAACAUUUACUCUGAUGUCGGUAGAUAUUCUAUUCCUAGGCAAGAACAUUUCUCUACCGUAAAUAUGCAAGAUUGGUCUGUAAAUCCUGCCCGUGUUUCAACCCCUCUUCAACCACAUUUAAAUGGAGGAGAUUUGCUAAGUCAGAACUGGCUUCCUGGUGAGCAUCGACCCCGUGGUGGCUGGUCUGGUUCAGAUGGUGUUGGUGUUGGUGUCCUGAGCCACAGCAUUGGGAAUAGAGGCAAUACAGAUGGGAGCCUGUUCAGCGUUCUAUCUCAUUGUCGCGAAUUUCAGUCUGGGGGCCCUUAUGAAUCAAUGGGCUCCACUGAGCAUUUCAUUUCAUCAAGGAACUAUGGUGGCCUAGGUGGUGGCAUUCCAAGAAGCACCACUGUUUUACCACAGGCAGCUAAUCCUCUUAAUUUUUUGAGUGGGUGUGAGGCUGCUGCUACCCCAAAGACCAAUAAUAUGGGAUGGACCAGUCUCCCACAUCAGAAUUCUGCUUUAAAUGAUUCAAUGGGUGAACCAUUCUUGAGGUCCUGGAAUCAAUGAGGAGAAACUUUCUCCCCCUUUGUGGUCCGGUGGGGUGUGGUGCAUGUAACUGUUUGAGCUUGGUGGGAAGACAGGAUGCUGAACACAACAUGCAUGUAUGAGGAUGUUUGUGGUUAGUUAUUCUUAGAAAGAAGAGACAUCGAGGAUUACAGCAGAAGUCGGAUAUACAUGCCUUUUGAGAUAGGAUUUUGUACAUACCUACACAAGAGCCAACCCAACAGUGUGUAUAUAUCUAGUUGCUAAACAGGGAAAGUGAUGCGGAGGAUUGAAAGAAUACAAGGUACCUCUUGUUUGAUAGGUAAGCAGGAUGUCUUAUUUUCAUUUUUCACUGGGAUAUUUUGACCUUCUUGCUGAUGGGAGAUACAUUUCAACUUCAAGAAACAUUGAGGCUAGAAACUACAAGGGGCAACUUUUUUUUUCUUUUCUUUUCUUUUUAUAUAAUAAACUAAAGUUGUCAAUC